CGCACUCGGUCGCCCCGGGCUCGAUCGCGCUCCCGCUCGCACUGCAGCUAAGUGCCGGGGUCCGAUCGGGCCGGGAUCACACGGGCACGCGCGGAUGAGGGGAUGAGGGCGUCGGGCCAAGGACCCCAGAGGCGUCGGCGGGGAUGGGCGACCCGCGAUGACAGCGCGGUUACCUUCCGUGACCCCCAGCCCCGGCAGCCGGCAGGCAGGGCGCGUGCUUUGCGCGGCCCCGAUCCACGUGGGCCCGCGCGCGCGCACCAGGCCGGCCCCCUCGUUGCAGGCGCUCGGCGCUCCCAGCACAUGGUCGGCGGCGCGCCCCCGAGGCCGGCGGAGACCGGCUGCAGCCGAUCAAGAAUGACCCAAAAGAACUCGAAGCUUUGUGCCAGAGCCAAUGUGUAUACCCAAGUGCCUGACGGAGGAUGGGGCUGGGCAGUAGCUGUUUCUUUUUUCUUCGUUGAAGUCUUCACCUAUGGCAUCAUUAAGUCAUUUGGUGUCUUCUUCAAUGACUUAAUGGACAGUUUUGAUGAAUCCAACAGCAAGAUCUCAUGGAUAAUAUCGAUAUGUGUAUUUGUAUUAACAUUUACAGCUCCCCUCUCCACAGUCCUGAGCAACCGCUUCGGACAUCGGCUGGUGGUGAUGGCAGGCGGGUUGCUCAUCAGCUUGGGAAUGAUUGCUGCCUCCUUCUCCCAAAGGGUCUACCACAUGUACAUCUCCAUAGGGGUAAUCUCGGGUUUGGGGUACUGCUUUAGUUUCCUCCCAACUGUGACCAUUCUGUCGCAGUACUUUGACAAAAGGCGUUCGGUAGUAACUGCGGUCGCGUCCACGGGAGAGUGCUUCGCGGUGUUUGCCUUCGCACCAGCUAUCACAGCUCUGAAGGAGCAUAUUGGCUGGAGACACAGCCUCCUCUUCGUGGGCCUUAUGCAGCUGAACAUCAUGGUCUGUGGCGCCUUGCUAAGACCAAUUAUUAUCCAAGGGCCAGGGCAAUCACCGAAAGCAAUCACUCUGGAGCCCCGCAGAGAAGUUCAGUAUAUGCUUGAAAACGAGAAAACGCGGACCUCAAUAGACUCCAUUGACUCAGGAGUAGAACUAACUACCUCACCAAAAAAUGUGCCUAGCGAAGCGAAGACGGAGCAGGAAGCCGGGGCUGAGCAACAGCAGACUUUGGUGACCGGCCCCAAGCACGGCCGGAUGGACGCUCCGCUGUUGGACUUCUCCGUCUUGAAAGAGAAAAGUUUCAUCUGUUACGCAUUGUUUGGCCUCUUCGCCACCCUGGGCUUCUUUGCGCCUUCCCUCUACAUCAUUCCUUUGGGUAUCAGUCUAGGCAUCGACCCAGACCGUGCUGCGUUUUUGCUGUCGACGAUGGCCAUUGCAGAAGUAUUCGGAAGGAUCGGGGCUGGGUUUGUCCUCAACAGGGAGCCCAUUCGCAAGAUCUACAUCGAACUCAUCUGCGUCAUUUUGCUGACGGUGUCUCUGUUCGCCUUCACUUUCGCUACCGAAUUCUGGGGCCUCAUGUUGUGUAGCGUGUUUUUUGGCUGCAUGGUUGGGACCAUAGGAGGGACCCACAUCCCGAUGUUGGCGGAGGAUGACGUCAUUGGGAUCGAGAAGAUGUCAUCUGCAGCUGGAGUCUAUGUCUUCAUUCAGAGCAUUUCGGGGCUUGCAGGACCACCCCUGGCAGGCCUGCUGGUUGACCAGAGCAAGAUAUACAGCAGGGCCUUCUACUCCUGCGCAGCAGGCAUGUGCCUGGCUGCUGUGUGCCUCGCCCUGGUAAGACCCUGUAAAAAGGGCCUGUGCCAGAAUUCUCAUUCAGGUGAAAACCAGACAGACAGGCAGCGUGGGAAGGCGCUACAGGACAUACCCGAAGACUUUCUGGAAAUGGAUCUUGGGAAAUGUGAACACAGGGCUCAUAUGAAAAUGGAUCCCGUGUGACACAUUUUCAUGUCGUGGCUUUUAUGUCACCUGGGAGCAGAGCCCCUGGGGAUACAGGGAGGGGUAGGCGCUAACCACUAGACCCCACCUUCAAACUUGCAUGAAGGGAAUGCCUGUCCGACAGCAGGGCCAGCAGCUUCUCUUCCCCUCCAGUCCCUUUUGCUUGUUCUUUAAGCCAAAACCAAAACAACCAAACCCUUUCCAUACAGGAAUCCAGCCCUGUUCCGUAGCAAUACAAAGACAAGCGGAAGGACCUGGGGGAACACCCCAGCACGAAAGCAAUGCCACGAACUGACAGACUGCUGUUACAAACACUCGCUCCUGUGAAAAUAAACUACUAUUUUAGAAAGUGACAUCCAGCCCAAGUCACAGAAAUGAGUUGGCCAUUCCAAAAAAAACAAAGAACACAAUCUUGAACCAUUAAAGACGUUGCUAAUUUUCAGAAAUACAGGUGAAUUAUUUUUAAACGAUUUGAAAAUGAUUACUAACGUUUACAUUGACGAAUCGUGGCUUCUGGGUUUUCCGAAUACCACAUGAAAAGGAAGCUAUGCUUUAAAGCCGAGCAUUUGAUUAAUAUGCAAAAAAUUUAAACACAUAUAACAACUUGAACUUCAUAAACAUGAAGAUUAUUGCUAUUUUUUUCGUGGCCAGUCAUCACCACAAGUAUUUCAAUAGAAAUGAUAAAUUGCAUUCAUGUUUUCUAUUUUUCAUAAUGCAAGAAAUAAAUGACUGUUGUAUCUUUAACUUAAACCACUAUUUAUUAUUAAGUUAUUCUAGGAUGAUUAAAACAAUCAAAAGAAAGGGCCAGCAAGAUGGCUCAGUAGGUAAAGGUGCUUGCCACCAAGUCUGACAAUCUGAGUUCAAUUCCUAGGACCCACACAGUAGGUCAACUUCUGUGAGUUGUCCUCUGACCUCCACACACAUGCUAUGCACACAUGCUAUGACAUGCAUGUGCCCACACAGAUACACACAAAAAUAUUUAAAUGUAAAAACAUAAUCUAAUAAUCAAAAGAAAUAAAAGGUGAUCGGAGGUAUACACAACAUAUUUUUACCUCUGCUCUGCAGCUCUCUAAAUGCUUCAGAGAGCUUUUCUGGUCUCAUAAUGUCAGUUUUCCACAGCCCAAGUUGUAAGGAUUCUUCAGGCGUUGUUCAAGGCAAUGCUGUGCUAUUUAAAGGGGAGAGGGAUAAUCGCCUCAGCUUUUGCAUAUAUCAGCUAAGAAUACUUGAGGAUCUUCUUCGAUCAGAAUUAUACUUUGUUGCAUUGUUGGAACAUUUCCAGUAGUUUGUUGUUGUUGUUGUUGUUGUUUGAUCUGUAACUGUUGUUGAAGCCUUUCUUCAUUUCAUCUGAAAUGGGAGAAACGCAGACAUCACCAUCACUGAGUUAUUACAAAGUUGCAAUUUCCAUCUUCUGUAGAACUUGAGUGCCCUAAGUUGCCAUGGGUACCCUGAGGUACCUGGUCACUGCUGCUGGCGAGUUACACUACACGUGUGUAUAGAGCUCUGCAUUCUAGCAGGUCUCUAUAAAGGGGGCAGUGUGAGGUAAGGUGGGCUGCUUCCUCACCUGUGUGACGGCAUCUCCCCAACAGGGCGGCCGAUGCCUGCUGCUCUACCUUUCUUCGUCUUUACCAUUAAGGACAACUCAGGGGGAAAUGUAAAACAAGCCUAGUCUGGAUACAGGUACACACAAGCUUGAAUCUUUUCUCUGCACUGAGACGAAGGGGGUGUGGCUCGUCACCGCCUGCCACAUUCAGUACAGCAUCUUAUCAGCCAUAGAAAUAGGACAAUCUGUAAAACUCUGGGGAGGGUGAGUGACUGAACGAAAGACAUUGUAUCUGUCCAAAAAAGCAGAUGCACCUGAAAUGGGAUGGAUGUAGAUGGAUGUAGCCAAGCUCGGUGGGGCCCCUCCCCCACCCCUGAGCAAUGCUUUAGGCUCCUGAGCAGGUUUGUAGAUGUGUGUGACUUCAGCACUUUAAAAGCUAUUUUGUACUACGAAUGUUCGAGAUGAUUUAAUAUUUGUAACUGAUUUCUGAGGGAUCAACUCGUAAGUUCAAUCUAUAUACUGCAUGGAGACAGGAAAAUGUAUGCCAAUUUCAGUAUGUGAACAAUCGGGGGUGGGGGGUGGGGUGCAAAUGUUGGGAAGGAAAAAAAAUAUACCACCACAGGAUCACUGAUCUGUUCUGUAUGAGUGACAUUCUGGUACUUAUGGAUUUACAAUAAAUUUACGGCUUUUUAUUUAAA